GCCUUCGUACGAGCCGUGUGUCGCUGCCGAUCUCCUCCCCCGCACCCCGCCGCCGUUUCGCCCGCAUUCUAGUCGUGGGUGUCGCGCUGUGCAGUCCUCGCGUGUGCCGCCGAACUUAGUGCGCCGUUUGUGAGUGCUUUAGUUCCCGCUCGAGUGUCAGUGUGACGGAGAAACUUGAGAUUCGCCGCGGAGGAUGUUAACAGCGCACGAUUUAAAUCCACGUGUGCCAAGAUACUGGAUUUUAUGAACGCAUACUUCAUUCAUCUUGCAAUUUAAGGGGUCCAUACACACGGCAAUCCGCGAAAGUGAUAAAGCACAAGCGACGAAUUUCAGGCACAUGUCCAAAUACCUAGAGCGUUUACAUCUGUAUGGCUAGCUGAUUAUAUAUGUUUUCAUCUACUUUGCAUCGAUCUGCCGAUGCUACAUCGAUCCUGUUUACAGAUAGCAGCUGUUGACGUCCGAAGUAGCAGCCCGCCGCCCGGCCACUCUUAUUCUCCCCCCGCUCCUCACACCCUCUCCAAGAUUGCUGCCACCAUGGGACGGAAGAAAAUACAAAUAUCACGGAUUACGGAUGAACGAAAUCGACAGGUCACUUUCAACAAGCGCAAAUUCGGGGUGAUGAAGAAGGCCUACGAACUGAGCGUACUCUGUGACUGCGAGAUCGCCCUCAUUAUCUUCAGCUCUAACAACAAACUCUACCAAUAUGCCAGCACGGAUAUGGACAAGGUACUUCUGAAAUACACGGAGUACAACGAACCGCAUGAGUCUUUGACGAACCGGAACAUCAUCGAGGCACUCACAAAGAAAGAGCAUAAGAACGGAGUGAUGUCGCCAGACAGCCCCGAAGCGGAACCAGAGUACAACCAGCUAACACCACGGACCGAGGCCAAAUAUUCAAAGAUUGACGAGGAAUUCCAAAUGAUGAUGCAGCGAAACCAACUGAACGGCAGCAGAGUCGGAGUGGGCGUGGCCGGAAGCAACUACAACCUUCCUGUCAGCGUUCCAGUGGGGAGCUACGACCAGUCACUUUUGCAAGCCAGUCCACAGAUGCACACUUCUAUCAGUCCACGGCCCUCGUCAUCAGAAACCGAUUCAGUUUAUCCCAGCGGCGGAAUGCUAGAGAUGUCAAACGGUUACCCCGGGUCUGGUUCGCCGCUGGGCGCCGGGUGCACCCCGUCGCCCUCUCCCGGACCAGCGCCCUCUCCUCACCGACAUCCGCACAAAUCGCACUCACACGCCCCGCCCCCGCACCACUCACCUCGGAACAAUUUGCGCGUCGUUAUACCCAGUUCAAUGCCACCACCACAGGACGACAUAUCAUAUGCUGGAGAGACACCACUAAGCUAUUCAGGACUUGGCAACUUCGGCGGACCGCAGGACUUCAGCAUGAGCUCGGACAUCGGCAUCGGAUUAUCAUGGGGCGCCCACCAGCUGCAGACUCUACAACACAACAGGUACAUUUCACCUUACAGCAGUAGCCUGCCAGUUCUGGGUGGGGGGACUCCACCGCCCGCUGGCUCGCCAAGCAACGUGAAGAUCAAAGCUGAACCAGUCUCCCCACCUCGGGGCUCCGACCAUCUGCAUCGAGGGCCCCCGCCCGCGCCUCAGCCCGCUCACUUAUCCGGAGCCAUUGAUGGUAAGUACGUUUAUUUUGCAGGAUCAGUGACGUCAAGUAACAUGGGCUCGCCUGCCGGGCAAGACAUGCGGCACGCGAACACCGUCCCACUAGACUACGAACAGCCCCAUACCAAGCGGCCGAGAAUCGACGGCUGGGCCACAUAGCUAGGCUAUGAGGCCUUCGGUUCCUACCCGAGGCCCCUCCACCCGCACUGCUAGACGGCCCAGGCGUAGCGCCGGCCCCGCACCUCCAGGCCCUAAACGCGGCUGCAAACUCCUCCACCGAGCUUUCUGUACUAUACCGUCCUGGUCUACACAAAAUGCUCUUUUCCUCAGAUUCGAUCUGAGCGCGUAUAACUACAAGUUUUUAAGACUAAAGUUGAAAAAGGUGCUUCUCAAAACAUGGCACGGUCUUCAAUCAGGAAAAGGGCAGAUUAGUGCUAUUCAAAUUCCCUUAAAGCUUAAUUUCCCUUAGAUGUUGACUAAAUGUUCAUAUUACACAGUACUCUUCUAUGAUACGUAAUUAAAUAAUGUUAUAUUGCACUUACGAGUACACUAAAUGUUAAGGUUUAAUGUUUAAUGUUAAGUACAAUAUUGUUUAAUGUUAGACGCAAUCCAAAUCAAUUAAAAAAAAUAUCCUAUCUACUAAAUGAUGGAUAGAUGUUAACUACCCUUGUAUAUAGCGAUGUUAUAUGUACAAUCCGUGCCAUUGUCUGUUUAGCUUAUAGUUGUUUAGUGUUAUAAAUGCAAUUUGUUCUGAAGUUUGGUGCGUGGACUGUUAAGGAAGCAGCCGGAGGAAUCAAGUGUGCAUUAUAGAACAAAGUUAUAGUGCAAAAGUGCGUUUUAUAGACAUAAAAAAACGACUGUUGACUUUGUGUUAGUGUUUUAAAGUUUUUUUUGUGCCAUUUUAAAAUACCUAUCGUUAGUGUGACAUCCGAACUUUGAAUCUUUGUAAAUUAGGUAAGCGUAGCGACAUCACAGAAGAUAAUAAGUUAUGUAUUGGAUAUUGUACUUUAUCUAUUGACAUAUUUAUACAUGAGAAUCAUAAUGAUAUUUAAAUAAUAUGUAUACACGUCCCGUUAGGAACGAAUGUUAUGUAAUCUAAGUAGGUAAUGUUAGCUAGAGAUGACUAUAUGAAGAUACCACACGAAGCUUUAAAAUUCUUAUGAUAACACUCGCACUCUAAGCAGUCUUGUAAGUAAAAAAAAAAAAAACACAAUUUUCAUUUUAAUUUAGGAUUCUUAUAAUUCUACGAGUCAUCCUUCGAUAAUAUUUAACACAAUAAAUAAAUGUACUCUUAUUAAUACAACGCAAAAAGAAGAACACUCAAAUGUUUGUUUGAACACGUGCGGGCGUUUCGCAUUUCCCAGACCAAAAAAUUAAGUCAAUUUUGAAUAUCGUAAAUUGUAAAACAGUACUUCUGAAGUACCCACGUUAGUAAUUAAAAUAUGGUUACUAGUAGAGUGAUGAAGCUUGUUGUUAGAGAAUUUUUAUUUUGUUAAUGUGAUCCGAAGUAUUGCAUUGUAAAUCCUGUUUGCAUCAAAUGUAACCUUUGAUAAGCAACCUCGUAAUAUAAUACAAUAAUGUAAAUGAUUUAAGCUUUAAUCGUACACAGAAAUAUAUUUAUCACUAAAUAUCAUAACAUAUUUUCGUAAAGCACUAUAAAAUCACAUGCCGCCCUAUUUUUAGAUAAUAUUGUAGUAAAAUAUUCAUAUAAUUAUGUUAAUCAUGAAAUAAAUAUUUCCUAGCAGGAACAAUAAUGUUGUUACCCUAAACGUGAAUGUAUAUGUUUCAUGUUUCCUUUUGUUUCAUAAAACUCACUUUAGCUAAUGUCAAAGUCCUUUAACUCGAUAGUUGACUGUUAUUGAAACAAAAUAAAUUGUAUAGGGAAAUACUUAAUAAGGUACCGUUAUUCUGUAGCGGUCAAGUAAUUAAAUAACUGGAGGACGAUACAUUGCAUCUGAGGAGAAAGUUUCAGAAAAAUUUAGAAAAGAAAAAGGACAAAAAGAUUUUUUUACAAGUCAAUUUUGCAUUCACCUUUACAUGCAAUUCCCUGGUCCCUUUAAGUGCAUUUGUAAUUUACUAAUAUUCAAAUAAUGUAAAUUAUGAUCUCACUGACUGCUGCCUAUAAUUUCUUAAAUUUAAAUUCAAAGCUUUCUAAUAUCACAAGAUAAAUGUAUACUAAUUUUUCCUUGUUGUAACGGAGCUUCUGAUGUCAGUCAACUAUCGAAUUCUUAACCUAAUACAUGAAUGCUUUAAAAUAUAAAUAGCUGGAAAUAAGACAGAUAAUGUCACUACAGGUCGUAAAUGUAUACAUAUAUUUUAAACAGCACUUAAGAAAUGUUGCUGUAUGUAUACAUUUUAUAAGAUGUUAUUUAUCAUCGUCAAAUAGAUUUAAAAAGCUUGAAAUUUAAUGAGACUAUUAAACACAUUAAAUGUGUCAAAUAGUUAUUUCAGCAUUAAAUUAUUCAACAAAGUCACUUCGUAAAUAAAGUAAACUAAAUGUACAACAUUAUCAGAAGUCCAAGUUUUGAAUAAUAUUGAUCUUAUAACAAGCGUUUGUACUCUAUAUAUAUUCAAGUAUUAGGUUACCUGUCCUCUCAUAUCUUCUCACUGUAGAUGCCUUACUCACAGUGCCUAAAUGUAUCAUAUUAUACCAAAUUUGUAUCAUACGUAUAGAUUUUUUGCAUCAAUUUUUUCACGUCCUAAUAUUUUUAAAUAUUUACAAACUAUAAAAAUAUAUAUUCUUACAAAAGUUAAUAGCUUGCGUCUGAAAAACUUGUACUGUAAAUGCAGUAUUUCAAUCGCAGGGAUAUGAACAUUGUAUAAAAUGUACAGUUGCAAAAUUACCUUUAGUUAAUUAGCGUAAUGAAUGUCAGAACGAUUCCUCAUUGUUACUCGUCUUACGAAUCGUUGGGUAGAAUAAAACCCAUUUAUAUUUAGGUAUAAAAUAUAACAGAAACGUUACUGUUUAAUGUAAACUGAGCACUGUAUUUAAAGUAACAAAAUUAUAUUGUAAUCCUUCAAGUCACGGUAACAAAAUGUUGGAUGUAUAUUUGUUAAAAUUUGUACAGGGAGGUUAUCAAUUUGAAGUUCGAAAGUCUGAACGAUUAAGAAAAUGUAUUUUCGCAUUGUAAAAUAUUAUACACAAAUAGUAAUGUAACAAAUAUUUUAAUACUGGAGCAUAAUAAA